CCUGUAUGAGAUCCAACCUGCUUUCAUAUUUAAUUAAAAUGCAGGCGAACAUGAGUCAGUUCGGUAGCCUGAGGUAAUAGCUAGCUAAGACUAUCAAGCUAAUGUAGGAUUAACUAUCCAGAUUGUAUAGGAUUGCUGCGCUUCUUUAGUUAGUGGUGGGGGGAGAGUUUGAAAGAUGAAUGCUUCCAAAGGGUUUUCGCUCUCCGUCAGAGUUAGUUUAGACUUGUUCCAGCCAGCUAUGAAUCAGUGGAGCCUGGAGGCACCUUACUCAUCUAGAUCAGAUCAUAACAGCUCGUGUAUGGCUGCCAAAAAUACCGUGCCAGUUAUAACCUAUGGAGUUCUGUUGAUUCUCGGAAAGUUUUCCACCAUUCAAGUGGCGGCUGUUGUUUUGGUUCAACCUGACGAACAGCACUGCGCCUCCUUGGUUCAGCCGUUGUUUUUGGCCGUACACACGUGUGAUGUGUGACACAGUGGGUGGAGGCAAGGUGCUUAAAUAAGCGGCUCCCACAGAUCAUCCCUGUAACUUGAGAGGUGGGCUAUAAAUACCACUAACCUUUCCUGUGUGCCUGUUUGCUCCACUCUGGGUACAGAUGGGGUUCAGUCAAACCACCGGACAAUACGUCUUUGGGCACAGGGCCGGCCUCCCGUUCCGCUGUCGGGUCUUUGGUCCAUAGUAAAUUCUUCGCCUUGUAAAGAAAUGCAGAAGGGGGACAUUUGGUCGGGGUUGAAGCGCUUGGAUGUUUGGCUUGGCUCAGCUGUGAAGACAUGCCCCAGCUAACGAGUUUGUUGUGGUGGAAUGAAUGCAGAGUGACACUCAGAUUUCUGCAGGGUCGGCAGCGGCGCCUCCUUCCAGCCCAUCCGCAGCCAGAUUCCCAUCCCCACCGCGCAUGUCAUGCCCUCCACGGCCUCCGAGCCCCACCUCCGCGCCCUGGAGGAGCCCCAGGCCAGCGCUGAGCUCCACAGGACCUCCUCGGCCUCCAGGACCUCCAGCAGCUCCAGCUCCAACUCCAAGUCCUCCUCGCUCUCCAAGUCCGCCUCCUCGCCCAACUUGGACGCUCAGGGCGGCGGCGGCGGCGGCGGGGGGGUGGGGGACCCCGCGGGGCCCAAGCCCGACUGCCUGAGCAGGUUCCGCAGCCUCGUCAACGGACUGGACCACUCGCUCUUCCCCUCGGGGGAGCACACCCGCUUCGACGAGAGCCAGAGGUUCGACACCCCCUCGGUGGAGCCCACGCUCAACCAGACGGCCCUGACGGGGGGGAUGUGUCCCGACGGGAGGCUCAGGAUGCAGUCCCACGGCCGCGGCGAUGGCCAGGGCCGCGGGACGGAGGCCUACAAAGGCAGCCUGGAGAACUCUUACAAAGCGCUCCCGGAGGCCCGGUCCGAGGCCUGCAGGGCCGGCCAGGCCGGGGCGGCCGGCCCGGCAGGCCUUUACCCCGGCUCCCUGGGCCCUCUGCAGGCACAGGCUCUGCAGAGGGAGCACGCGGCGGCGGCGGCGGCCAACGCCUACGAAGCGCAGAGCCUUCAGGACGCGUGCAGCGCCCUGUCCAGCUGCCACCAGCAGCAGCAGCACAAGCAGCAGCUGGAGAGCCUGCGACUGCAGGUGGAACAAAUGCAGUUAAUGUCCUCUGGGUUGGGCAUCAAUGUCCCGUACCCUUCGUUGUACUCCGCUCCCCUGCACCCUGAGGCCACGAAGUGGGAGACUCUGGUCAAAGCCAACGAGGGGCUGCUGAAGGAGAAGGAGAUCCUGAUCGAGAGGCAGAAGCAGCACAUGGUCCAGCUGGAGCAGCGCCUUCGGGACAGCGAGCUGCAGGUCCACGGGGCCCUCCUGGGCCGAGGGGCCCCCUACGCCGAUGUGUGCAUGCUCCGGCUGCAGGAGGCCCAGCGGGAGAACGCCUUCCUCCGGGCUCAGUUUGCCGAGCGGGCCGAGUGCGCCGCCAUGGAGCAGGCGGAGGCGGAGCGCCGCCUGGGCGCCGUGGAGGCGGAGACGCGGCACCUGACGGACGCGUUAAGGGAGAGCGGCGAGAGGCACGGCGAGGAGCUGAGGAAGCAGGAGGAGAGGAUCCGCAGUCGAGACAAGCACAUCAACAACCUGAAGAAGAAGUGCCAGAAGGAGGCGGAGCAGAACCGAGAGAAGCAGCAGCGCAUCGAGACCCUGGAGCGCUACCUGGCGGACCUGCCCACCAUGGAGGACUACCAGAGCCAGAACAAACAGCUGCUGCAGACGGAGGAGAAGGCGGCCCAGCUGCAGGCCCGGCUCCGGGAGCUGGGCGUGAGCCUGGAGGAGGCCCGGUCCCACGCCCGGGAGAAGGAGGCGCUGCUGGAGGACCAGCGGCGCAAGGAGAGGGAGCUUCUGACCACCGUCACCAGUCUGCAGGAGCGGGUGCAGGAGGGACUGGAGGACGGGGCCCGACUGCCUUCCCUGGACGCCGAGACGCUCCGGGCGGAGAACGGCGUCCUGAGGGACGAGCAGCAGAGACUCAAGAAGGUCAUAGAGAAGCAACACCGGAUGAUGGAACAGCUCGGAUCACAGCUUCGGGCUUUAGAGGAGCAGGUGUCUCAGGAGGACGGCGGCUCCCAGGCGCUCCGAGAGGAGGUGUUCUCCAAGGAACGGAGCCUGCUAGAGCUCCGCACCGCCAUGAAGGAGCUCUGCGUCCAGAACCAGGACCUGAUGGAGCAGAACCUCACGCUGCAGGAGAGGAUGGCGGACGGCGAGUGGAAGCAGCGGGCCUCGUCCGGCCAGCAGCCCGCGGCGGCCCGCCUCACGCAGCGCCUGCACGGCGAGAUGUCCUCGUGCCUGUGCGACCUGCGCUCGCUGUGCAACGUGCUGACCCAGCGCUCCCAGGGCCAGGACCCCAACCUCUCGCUCCUGCUGGGCAUCGCGGGCCCCCCCACGGCGGGAGAGCAGCUGGAGGACUGGCUGAGCCCGGAGGUGUUGCAGAAGAAGCUGGUCGAGGCGAAGCAGCUCCGCCGUGACGUGGAGGAACUACGCACCACCGUCUCCGAUCGCUACGCCCAGGACAUGGGCGAGAACUGCACCACCCAAUGACCCCUCCUCCCUCCAGUGGGCCGUUAUGAAUGACCUCUGGACGUGGACCGGUACCCCUUUUUAACAGUGCUUUUUUUCUCGGCCCGAGCUGUGCUCCAACACAUGUUUUUCUGGAGGGUCCCGGUGGUGUGGGGACUCGUCCAACAGCUCAUCGUCUCAGUCCGACCUCUUGUUAAUGGAAGGAGCCGACCGCUCGUGACGGAUGCGUCAGUGUCCUCCUGUGUGUUGUUCUUUCUGUUGGAUGGUUUUAUUACGCUUGCCGAAAAAGUGUUUUAUUUUUGUCAAGGAUGUAUGGAUUUUUGUCUUCUUAUAUCAGUAACUAUCCCCGUAGAUAUAACUUAUUAAUAUCUUACUUUCUCUCUUGGAGGGGAAAACAGGACGUGGUUGACAAUCAACUGGAACUAACGUGUUUUUUGUUUUUGAGUGCAUUAAACUGGAAUGGUUACAUUUUAUGCCAUUAUUGAAGAUGGUGGACGGUGUAGUAUUACAGGUAGCUGGGAGUUUUCAAGAAAGAGCAUUUUAGCAGAGGUAUUUUCUCCUUGAAUUAAGUGUGUGUUCUUCCAAAGUAAGGCCGUGUUUUGAGCGAAUUCAUCCAAAGCAUGCCGCUGCUUGUGAUGUUUGUAAAUUCAAUUAAUUUAGACUUUAAAGCGCAAUUGGCCGUUAACUCUUUAAUCUCCCACCUUUUUGGUGUAUCAGCAAACAUAAUAAUCUGUACAUUCCCAGACUGUGAUUGUAACAAAUACUCCAGGGCUAUCCCGAGGCCUGAAGGGGCCUGUUCACUGUUCUUUGUAGAAACAUGAACUGUGUAAGAGCAGCUACAUCCUGUGAUUCUAGGUAGACUCAGCCCUAUCUAGAGGAUGUCACUCAGCGUUUACGUUUCAAUUGGUUUAUAUAGGAUAGCGACUCUUUGUAUAGGCAGGAUAAACACUACACUUGGAUUUAGUCUUUUUUUGUUGUGUGUUGUUGCUUAUUAUUCUGGUAAUUGGUUAUAAUUCAAUAUACUUGAUAUCAAGCACAGGAUCUAUUGAGGAGCCAUAACAGUGUUGGCUAGCUAACAUUUGUUUUAUUUGUUUUGCAGUCUGCUACCACAUGCCUUACCAUUUCUAAUGUUUGUCAAAUGGAAGAGAUGUUUAUAUUUUCAUAUGGUUGCCCUUGACUCGAAACUUAGAAAUAAAGACUUUAUUAAAAACUAAUCUGGUAGGAAAACCAUAAUUCCAGCUUGCUUGUAGUUUUGACCACCAUGGACGUAAACAUAGUUUUUGUCAGUGACGGUUCAUUUUGCAAUCUUUAGCUUUGCUGAAUUGGAGGGAUCAGUACUUUGGGAAGAGGCUUUCUGAGGUCUCAACAGCAGAGUAGCACUUGGCGUAAGCCCACAACAUGCAAGUGUCAGGGUUUCAUCACUGUAACAGCGCCGUGGGAACACACUGAAGACGUCAUAUUCAGGAACACCCUUCCCUCUGCAACACAGGAAACGAGGAAAGCCUUUUUGUUUACCCCUGGCGGUCUUCGCUUCAUUAUUGCAUGCGUUCAUUAUUUCAGUACAAAUAACCGAUAACGAUAAGACUAAAGAUAAGCGUCCUCUGCUUCGAUAUGGUCAGCCUCACCUGUGUUUCUCCAGGUACCUGCGCAGGUGUCCUAUGGUUUCUGAGAUGUGCAUUUUCAGAAUGUAACUGUGGUUGCCGUCUUCAGACUUGACCCGCAGUGUAGCCACAUCGUCAUCAGCAGACGGGUGACUACCGGAGCCACGUAUCUCCAGCCUGAGUGAGAGGGUUUGUUGUGUUUAUGCUAAUAUGUGGUGGACAAGGCCCUUCUCUUCUAGAACAAGACGAGCUGGAUAAGGGGAUGAGUACCUCUCAUUCAUAGCCCUCAGUGCCGGAGUGUCUAUGAAGGUUACCGGACUGUUCUGGCCGCUGGAUGAACCCUUUUUAAAAAGCAUUGAUCACAUGAUAAAAUGAGGUCAAAGACUUGAUUAGAAGAAAAGGCAUAGUUUCCAGAGCUUUACCGACAAUGACGCCUAAUGCUAACUGUAAACAUCUACAUGCGCAACAUUCGACGACAUGAUAGUAGAAGGAACAUGAGCAGCACGCUGAUGCAACUGUUUACAUUGCUUCAAUUACUUCCUGGCUCUAGGUCACCCGACAAACGUCAACGCUUAUUUACAAAAGCCCACUAAUGCACCCUCAGUGUGUGAUUAAAACAAAGUGUGUAUAGUGGUGAGAACAUAAUACAAUAGCUGUGAAUCUGGGAACCAUUUCAAGUCUCUUAUCAGACCGCCUUUUAGCCUCACCUGCAGUGUAGCCUCGACAGAGCUCCUGAUAUCAAUCACCUUACCACCCUUUAUUACCACCUUCGGCAAUCUGUUCAGAAACUGGUCCUUGGUCAACUUUCUGCCUGUAAAUCAAGUCGAGUCAGCCCUUUUGACAAUUCGGAAUAUUUAUCCAGUUCAGAAUGUUUCUGCAGGUUGUGAAGUGUGCUGAGCUCUGAACGCACCAGGGACAGAGGAUAUAGUCUUUCUCACUGCACCAACAGCUAGGCCUUUUCCAGAGAAGAGUGGCCUGUCGAUGAACUCCUCGUGUCGGUUGUCGUGGACCUGGGGAAACGAGGUUAAACAAUAAGAAUUAGAUCUCGCAACCAACAAAGAAACCUCUUUUGAACGUCCGGCUCUAGAUGCAUACACACUUGGAAAGGCACUCCUUCAGGGUAUCUCUCCUGCAGCUCAGAGGGGAAAUAUCCAUCCAUCAGAUCUUGCAGGCACCGCUGUGAAGCCGGGAGCAAUAUCGAAGUAAUAAAGAAAGAAACAAUCGAUUUCCGUCUUAUCUAUUUUAGAAUAUAAUUGCCUGGGUUGCUAAUGAGGUUACCUGAGUGCUGGCUUCCCGGUGCGAGCGGAAAGGGCCCUCGAACAUCAGGAUGCCGUUGCUGUACAGCCGCAGCUGAAUGGGUUCCCUUGUAGCCAGCUGAGCUCCCAUGGCCGUGGGCUGAACAAAGGACUCCCCUUCCCCGGCCAGGAGGUUGAGCUGCCUGACGUUCUGCAAGAGCAGGUCAAAGUUCACCUGGAAGCCGGCGACUGCAGAGGUGUCUGGAAGAGAGAACGGUCCGAUAGCU